AUGGCCCGACGGGGCGCGGAGCCGCGGGCGCUGCCCGAGAGGGCGGCUGAGCUGCGGAACAAACUCGUGGACCGAUGCGAGCGGCUGCAGCUGCAGAGCGCUGCUAUCACCAAGCACGUGGACGAGGUGCUGCCCGCCAGGAGCCAGGGUGUGCUGAGUGCUGCUAACAGCGCACGAGAGUUGGUCAUCCAGAGACUGAUCUUCUUGGGGAAGGUGUGUGAGAACGAGGAGCAGCGGCUGCUGGAGGAGGUGCACGCCGAGGAGGAGCGGGCGCAGCAGAGCAUCCUGACACAGCAGGCGCACUGGACGGAGGCACUACAGAAGCUGUCUGCCCUCCGCACGUACCUGGUGGACACGAUCACCAACCUGGACGACCAGGGCUUGGUGAACGCGGAACAAGAGAUCUUCGAGAGGACAGAGUUGGCAGAGGGAAUCUUAGAGCCACAGGAGUCUGCCAAGUUAAACUUUAAUCAGCAGCGUGUUCAGAGUCCGCUGCUGCACCGGCUGUGGGCCUCUGCCGUUCUCUGCUGUAUGGCAGGCUCUCAGGAAAUCAGCAUAGACGAGAAAACCGUCAGCCCCCACCUAGGCCUGUCGGAAGACAAGAAAACCCUGACCUUCAGCCCCAAGAAAGCAAAGCUGGACUUGGAUGGCCCCGAGCGCUUUGACCACUGGCCCAACGCUUUGGCUGCUGUGGCUUUUCACACAGGGCUCCACGCAUGGAAGGUCAGCGUGGAGAAGAGCUGUGCCUACAAGCUGGGGGUGUGCUACGGCUCGCUGCCACGGAAGGGGCCCGGCAAUGAGGCCCGCCUGGGCUUCAAUGCUGCCUCCUGGGUCUUCUCACGCUACGACAAGGAGUUCAGGUUCUUGCAUGCCGGUCAGCCCCAGCCUGUGGAGCUGCUCAGGGCCCCGGCUGAGAUCGGUGUGCUGGUUGACUUUGCGGGAGGGGAGGUGCUUUUCUACGACCCCGACUCUUGCACCAUCCUCUUCUCGCACCGGGAGGCCUUUGCAGCACCACUCUACCCCGUCUUUGCGGUGGCACACCAGAGCAUCUCGCUCAGCCGGUGAGAGAGGUGGGCUGCAAACAUAGGGCUGUAUGGACAGUGAUUGUAUACACCACAGUGCCUUCGCGGGCUACCAGCAUGUACAGUGAUCAGAAAAGACUUGCCUUCAGCCACUACAUCUGUUCUCUUGUUUUACAAUGGCUUUCAUCUCCUUCAGGCUGCCGAGCACGUGAUGUUUGCCCUCCAGGACCCAGAGCCAGGACCUUUGGAAAAGGUCAAAUCAGACCCCAAGCACCUCCCACAGGAGCACAGUGCCUUCUGAAGACUCUUGUGAACUCUCCCCAGCUCCCAUGCUGUUGGAGUCCUCAGGGCUGGGAGGGGGGCUGGGAAGUGCUGCAGCAGGAAGCAGAGCUUUCACUGAGCCCAGUUCAGUAUGGGAAGACCUUGGCAACAACACCACAGUUUGCUCAGCAGAGCUGGGAGUGCAAGGUGGGGAGAGCAAAAUUAUGAAAGCUGGGAUAUGGGAUCAGUGUUUAACACCUGGCUCUGCCAGUCCUCUGUGAGUGAAUCAUUUAAAUCCUCUUCAAGACAAGGGUUUCUUUCCAGCUCCAAUGGAGAGGAACACAGGCAACAAAACGCUCCAUGCUGCAGGAAUUAAAAUUAUUUCAAUCUUGCCUAAAGGUUAAGAGCUGUUUGGAGAAAUGAAAGAGAAGUGGCAGAAGGCAUGGAAGGCUGUAGGAACACUUGGAAAGAGGAGCCCUAGUGGGAGGAGGGACACCAUGAAUUGGGGUUGUCACCCAUGUGAGAACCCACACUGGGCAGGGCACCCUCAUGGACCAUCAGCAUCUCCCAGAGCAGAGGAGCAGCAAGAGAGGAGCCAUUAGCAUUGACCUGAAUGGAGCUGUUUGUUCCUGGGGCUUGGCAAGGUUGAGCAUAUUACAGUGAAAACAAGCAGCUGAUUGAUAGUAAAAGAGGUGUUGGACUGACACUGAGCUUGG